AUGCUAAAAUUGUUUAUAAAGUUUUAUGAGAAAAUUUUAAAUAAAUUUAAUUAUAAUUUAAAGGAUUAUCGCUUUUUGGAGGCAGAAUUAGCUACUAAUUAUCACCCACAAAAUUGGUAUUGUUUUGCUGUUGAUUCGAAGGCAGAUGAUAUAUUUUAUAAAAGUAUUCUGUCAUUAGCUGGGUGCUUCCCAAAUGUUAUUGUUCCACAGGAAAGAUUUUCUGUAGAUAGUACUGGUCGCGGUAUGGGAAAGGCCCAUCUAUCCUGUUUCAAAGAAUUAGUUAAUGAGGGAAGAAAAUGGGAAUAUUUAGUAACAUUACAGAAUCACGACAUUCAAAUAAAAACUAACGAAGAAAUGGUUCAAAUAUUUAAAUGGCUUGAUGGGGCUUGUGAUGCCGAAUUCGAUGUAAACGGUUCAGGCCAACUCGCACGAAUAGCUCAUCUUUUAACAGUAUCUGAUUGGACUUUUGAAUCACUACAUGUUUUUAAAAACGGUUGA